AUGGCAAGCAAUGGUUUGUUGAAGGUGGGGGCAACCGCUCUUCUCCUAGUCAUGAUGGCGACAGUCCAAGCCGCGGUCGCUGUGACAUACACGGUCGGAGGCGCUUCUCAAUGGGACAGUGGUGUGGACUACACAAGUUGGGUAACCGGAAAGACUUUCAGGGUUGGUGACACUCUAGAGUUCAAGUACGGUCCUUCACACUCAGUGGAUGUGGUUGACAAAUCCGGAUAUGAUGCCUGCGACGGAUCAUCCGCGUCUGAGAAUCACUCCGACGGAGACACCGAAAUCGAACUCAAGACUGUAGGAACAAAGUAUUACAUCUGUCCUACAUCUGGCCACUGUGAAAGUGGCAUGAAGCUAGCCGUUACGGUCCUCGCCUCCGUCUCCUCUCCAGAUACCCCUCCGCCGCCUGUCACGCCUCCCGUUGCUCCUUCUCCCGCACCAGACUCGCCGCUGUCUGAUGGAACACACGAAGCCGAUUCGGGGUCAACCACGCCGCCUCCACAUGCACCACCAUCAAGGGGUGUAAAUAGCGGACUAGUGAGCUACAUUGCAAUGUGUGUGGAUAAUGGAUUAAUGAGUUAG